AUGCCUCAGAACGAGUAUAUCGAACGCUGGCAGAAGCUUCACGGAAAGAGGCUUGAUCAUGAUGAGCGAAAACGUAAGAAGGCCGCCCGUGAAGGCCACAAAGCCUCCCAGAAUGCGCAGAAUUUCAUAGGUCUCCGCGCCAAACUCUACGCCAAAAAGCGCCACGCCGAGAAGAUCCAGCUGCGCAAGACGCUCAAGCAGCACGAGGCGAAGAAUGUCAAGUCUGACGGUCCCAGCGAGCCCUCCGCCAACCCGCUGCCACCCUACCUUCUCGACCGUUCCCAACCCACCAAUGCGAAGGCGCUCUCCACAGCUAUCAAGCAGAAGCGUGCUGAGAAGGCGGCAAAGUUCAGCGUGCCGCUGCCCAAGGUGCGUGGUAUCAGCGAGGAGGAGAUGUUUAAGGUUGUCAAGACUGGAAAGAAGACGGCCAAGAAGGGUUGGAAGAGGGUUAUCACAAAGCCGACUUUUGUUGGUAGUGAUUUUACCAGGAGGCCGGUCAAAUAUGAGAGGUUCAUUCGCCCCAUGGGAUUGAGGUACAAGAAGGCCAAUGUCACACAUCCGGAGCUUGGUGUGACAGUACAAUUGCCGCUGUUGAGCGUCAAGAAGAACCCCCAGAGCCCGAUGUAUACACAGUUGGGUGUGUUGACAAAGGGAACAAUUAUUGAGGUCAACGUGUCAGAGCUGGGUAUGGUCACAGCUAGCGGAAAGGUCGUUUGGGGUAGAUGGGCACAGAUUACUAAUAACCCGGAGAACGAUGGAUGUGUCAAUGCGUAA